AUGGAGUGGACUCAAGUCUCUCCCACCCGGUGGGAACGCACGCUGAGCGGCAUGGAAGAGUAUUUCGUAUUCAUCGGGAACAUCACCGCAGCACUCUACGACGGGCGCCAACAGUACACCGUUCUCUCCAAAGUAAAAGUCGACUUGAACAUCCCCGACAUCGAAUCCGCUCUCCGACAUGCAUGGAAACAAGUGCGAUACGAAGAGCCCGAUAUUGCGACUACCCUUGAACCGGGGAAGAAAGUCUUCGAGGUCCUCGACGAUUCAAGCAUCGACAAAUGGGUCAAUUCUACAUUUAUCAUUGACCACGAACAUGAUGGCGAGGAACUAUACCGGCUCGGCCGCACGAUGAAGCCGGCGACACUAUACUAUCUGCCAAAAUCGUCAGAGCUGGUCAUGCACGCUCACCACGCUACGGUCGACGGUAUUGGCAUGAUCAUGUUCUGGGAUCGGUUCUUCCGCGCCCUGACUAGUCCUAAUGCCAACAUCAGCUUUGGCAACGAGCACAUCCGUCUGUUGCCUGCAUUAGAUGACAUCCUAGGCUCAAGCGACCGCCCAGCCUCAGAGCAAGCCGAGAUGGGAAUGGCAGUGCUCAUGGAGUACAUUGGCAAGCUCCCCGCGAUCGGAUUCCCCUCUAAGGUGGGGAAGGUGCCCCCAGGCCAGUGCCAGGCUAUGGAAUAUGUGUUUGAUGAACAAACCACAUCUGCAAUUAUCAAGGGGGCUAAGGCGAAGGGGAUUACGGUAACCUCUGCUGUUCACGCCGCAUACAUUACCGUUCUCAGCAAAUACGCUGAUCCGGAAUCGAACACCACGCGGUAUGCUUCACCCAACGAAUUUAAUCUUCGCAAUCGUCUCCAACCGCCAUAUAGCCUGGCCGCUGCUGCGAAUUACUACAUCCCGCUUCCAUUCUCAAUUGACCUCCCGGCUACCUUUUCGGAACUCUCAGUGGAGUUGAAUAAAUACUAUCGGACGACGCUUAGCGCGAGGCCGGAAAUUUUGGAGAUUCAGGCGUACUUUACCCGUGCGUUGGAACAGGUUGUCAAAACGCCCGAGUAUCAAACUGCACCAAUUCCCACGGAUGCUCUGGUGAGUAGUCUGGGUAUUGUGGAGAACCACUUAAGUCGUUCGUAUGGAGAGGGAGACGCCGUUGUUGUUAUUAAAGACUGGAAACUUGGGUGUGAUUGUAUACUGGGUAUGACUGGGUUCCAUUUCUAUACUUUCCGCGACACGUUACGGUUUGUGUACCAGAUCAAUGAAGCAUAUCAGGAUCCGGCGGAUAUCAGGAUGUACAUGGAGGAGAUUGAAAAGGUAUUGAGGCAAGAACUGUUGAGUUUUAUGGCUGUUUAG